GUUUGCAACCCUGGCGCUCACGGCUGCGGACGGAGCAGCCACGGCCCCAAAGCUACUCCUCGAGGAUGUGACCCUACAAGGCCUAUCCCAGCCCCUGUGCAGCUGUCCGGGCGCUGCCGGGCGGGGACAGCGUGGGGGGAUUUCUCACGAGACCUUGGAAGCAGACGCGCAGCUCUUGGCGUUUCCUGCUGUUUGUUCCCUGAGCCGCUGCCCAGCGGAUCCCAAGAAUCACAGCAGCUUCUAGGAACCCGGAGCACAGCAGCGGCACGGAGCAGAAGGUGGCACUGUCCCACGAAGGGUCAUCAUCCUCAUCUCCGGAACUGAGAGAGAGGGGGACUCUGCCUCUUGCAUUGGGUGCUACCCCCCAGCGCAGCACACUCGGCCACACGCCCUGCCUCCGUUUCCCUCUUUGCCUGGGAGCUGCGCCAUCGGUGUGGUGAGUUUGGGGGGGCUCUUCUUGGCCCUACUGCCCCCCUUCCCAUCCCCUCUGUCUGUUUGUCUUUGCAGCAAUGGCUGAGGAUGGCAGGGCUGCCUCCGAUAGCCCCCAGGCGGUCGCCCUGCAUGCACGCAGUGUGGAGGAGCUGUAUGAGCUGCUGGAGACGCUGGGCAGUGGGCACUUUGGAGUGGUGAGGCGGUGCCGGGAGCGCAGCACCGGUGCUUUCUAUGCUGCCAAAUUUGUGAAGACACGGCGGUGCCGGGGCAGCCGACGGGGCCUGGAGAGGGUGCAGGUGGAGCAGGAGGUGGCCAUCCUGCGGGACCUGCAGCACCCCAACAUCAUGCGGCUGCACGACCUCUUCACCUGCAGAGCUGAGAUGGUGCUGGUGCUGGAGCUGAUGCGUGGUGGGGAACUCUUUGACUUCAUUGCGGAGAAGGAGAUGCUGUCGGAGGAGGAGGCCAUCGAGUUCCUCGAGCAGAUCCUGCUUGGGGUGCAGUACCUUCAUGGGCGCCGCAUCGCCCACUUUGACCUCAAGCCUGAGAACAUCAUGCUGCAGGAGAAGGACGUCCCCAAGCCCCAGAUCAAGAUCAUUGACUUCGGCCUGGCUCAGAAGCUGGAGGAUGGUGUCAUCUUCAAGAGCCUCUGCGGGACCCCCCAGUACAUCGCUCCCGAAGUGAUCAACUACGAACCACUGAGCUCCGCCACCGACAUGUGGAGCAUCGGGGUCAUCACCUACAUCCUGCUCAGCGGCUUGUCCCCCUUCCAGGGCGAGACGGAUGCUGAGACCCUCUCCAACGUCCUGGCGGGCGCCUAUGAGUUCGAGGAGCGCUACUUCAGUGACACCUCUGAUAUGGCCAAGGACUUCAUCCAGCAGCUGUUGGUGAAGGAGCCUCAGGAGCGAAUGACCGCAUCCGAGUGCCUCGUGCACCCCUGGAUUAAGCCCCUGAGCAGGAAACAGGCAGCAAAGCGGAGCCGCUCCUCCAUCAACAUGAAAAACUUCCGCAAGUUCAACGCCCGGAGGAAGUGGAAGACCCCUGCCUUGCUGCUCCCCCAGCUCUCCUACAACAUGGUGUCCGCCUGCAACCGGCUGUGCCGCAUGCGGCUGCUCUGCAGCCCCAGGACGGAGGGCGAGGAGCUGCGCUGCUGUGAGAGCGACCAGGAGGAGGAGAGCAGCCGCCCUGUGACGCUGCUUCGCCGGCGUAGGAGCAGCUGCUCCUGAGACCCCUCCUGGGGUGGGGACAGCAGAGCGGGGCCAUCCCACGAGAGGGACCUCCGGACCCCCCUUUGCCCCCAGCAGAUGUGAGCCCCUGGAGCUGCUGCUGCUCCCAGUGCUGCUGUGCUGAGGGCCACCGGGGCAGAGCCAGGGGCAGUGCUGUGCUCCCCAGGUACACCUUCACUUGAGGGCUCUGCCAUUCCCUUGGCUCUAAUUCGAGAAAUAAAUGUGCCCCAAUCCUUGUA